AUCUGAAUGCUGGGAGGGAAACUACAGUAUAAACAUUUCAGUGGGUCUGAGAUCGUUACAUGACGGAGCUGUGUAAGCUUUAAAUCCUGAUCACCGAUCACUGCCGUGCUUUUAAUGUAAAAGCAAGUUUUGCUUAUCGGCAGUGAUUUUCGUGCCACUGAAACAGGCAAAGACUAUAUGUUAAUGCGAACCAUGCAAGCACCUCUCUCCAACGACACACUGCAAAACAUAACACUGCCGGUGGAGGACUGGACAAACGCGUAUGCGGCAGUACAAUGGAUACAGUUGAUCAUGGCGAUACUAAGUAUUUGUGGUUCUGGGUCCAUCAUUGUUUACACAACUUUCCAGAAUCUAACUGGAACAAGUGAGGUCCGUCCGCUGCUCUUCCUCUGCCUGGCGGAUCUCUUGCUGGCUCUGAGCUGGCUCGUCGGGGCGCUGCUUUUCACACAGCCCCACACCAGUCCCUGUGCCUGCCAAAACCUGCACACUGUCGAACAGAUCUUCUACAUGUCCUCCUUCUUCUACACCCUGAAUUAUGUGUGGGUGCUGUACAGGGGUCUGAAGGAGAAGUACUGCAGAAGGCUGAAUGGCUGCCCCGCACAGUUCCCUGAAGGCACAUUUGGCAGGAUCAUGGUUAUCUUGUCAUGCGUGGUCCCUGUGCUGCUGAUGAUACCAGUGUUUGCUGUGAGCAACUCUGACCAGUGCUUUGCCAACUUCAGUCAGCCUUACAAGUGCCUCCUAAUGCACACAGAAGCACUGUACCCAGCCUCCACGAGCUCCGAGGAGCCCCUGCCUUGCCGUCUCAUUCAUAUCUACACUAUUGCCAUCUUCCUGGCUGCCUUCUUCUUCACGUUUGUGGGCGUCGUGGUGCUCAUGGGAAAGGCUCGCUCCCUCUACUGCCGCUGCAUCAGCUCCAGUGGUUUCUGUGGCAGCCAGCAAUGGGCCACGCUCCGCGUCCUUGAGCGACGCAUGCUCCUGUACCCCUCGGCCUUCUUCUUCUGCUGGGCCCCAGCCAUCUUCCUCGCCGCUGCCAUCCUGUUCAGUCCCAGGCUGCUGGAAGGAGGUGUGGGCGUCUCUCUCUACAUCCUACAGGCCUUCACCUCUGCCUCCCAGGGCCUGCUCAACUGCCUGGUGUACGGCUGGACGCAGCGGCACUUCCGGGCGCUGAGGAGGCGUGGCAUGCACGACGUGGACACCCAGACGCCCCUGCUGCGCGCGCAGAAGAAGGGCUACGCCGCCCUGUUCCCUGAAGUUAGCAACACCUAAAGGGGGCGCCACUGAGCUUAUCGAUGGACACAGCCCUUUUAGCGCCAUCCCAGUUUGGAAGAUCAGAAUGGGUUGAGGAACUGUUGCAGCGACUCCCUGUUGUGUCUGACAACAGACGAAGGAUCCCCCUUUUAAAACAGCAAUGCAAUGUGGCUCUCAGCCAGAUGACUGCUAUCCAGAGGCCUCUGUGGCAAUCCCCACAUCCCCAUUGGCUCUUAAUGGGCAGCGGACCGGGGGAAUUAGAGAGGAAGAGAAUGACCUGAGGAAGGAUCUGAGACCGCAGUGACCACUUUAGCCUAAGCCUGACUCUGUAGCAUUUCUGUCAUACGUCUGCACCUUUAUUUGUAUUGAUAAAACGUGAAUGCAGGUGAUGUGCUGUAUCGCUGCUGAGAGCAGCAUGUACAUACGCUGCAGUCUGCUGUGCAAACGCAUAAGUGGAUCUAAAGGGUGUUUCAGGCAAACAGUUUGCAUGGCUGUACCACUGGUUAAGCACCAGCACAGUCUUCAAGAAACUGUUUUCACCCCCAUUGCACAGGAGAGGGUAGCCAAAUUCACACUUCCAAGGGGUGUGUCUUUAGUGAUGUAAGCCCCACUUUAUCACUUUUUUGCCGAAUCGAAUGGCUGGAGCUGAACAAAAGUUCUCAGCUCUUGUCAGAACAACUGUGCCUCUAGGCCAUUUCUCUCUGCCUAAACACUCUGCAGCAUUCCUUUUCUUGUGUGGCACUUCGCUUUUCAUUUCAUUGUUUUUCUCAGUCUGGACAAAGAAAACUGGGUCAGUUUUAUUUGUUUUGAUUGGAUACCAACUCAGAACUUUUUGAACUGCUUUUUCUAGUGAAUUCAAAUCCCUAAAUGACUGAUUCUGUAUGCAGUCCCUCUUUACAGACAGAUGUCCAUAUGGUUUAUUAUUUAAAGUAUAAGUAAUUUUAA